UCCAUUGACCAGCCCACAUUGGACCACACCCCCAGAGAGAGGGGAGGGGGGCAUCAGAUCGUCCAUCAUCUUGGCGCCGUCGCAAGGUGCUGAUAUGUGUACACGAUGAGCGGAUUGGGGGAGAACUCCAUGGAGCCUCUGAGCUCAGAAAACCGGAAACGCAAGCUCUCCACUUGCGACACGCCUGGUCUGGGGUGUGAGAGGAAGCGACGAGAACAGGAGAGCAAAUACAUUGAAGAGCUGGCGGAGCUGAUCUCGGCCAACCUGAGCGACAUCGACAGCUUCAACGUCAAACCAGACAAAUGUGCCAUCCUCAAAGAGACGGUGCGGCAGAUCCGCCAGAUCAAAGAGCAGGGAAAAGCUUCAUCCAACGAUGAUGACGUUCAGAAGUCAGACGUGUCGUCAACUGGUCAAGGGGUCAUCGACAAGGACCACCUGGGGCCGCUUCUGCUGCAGGCUCUGGACGGUUUCCUGUUUGUGGUGAACCGGGAGGGCAGCAUCGUGUUUGUGUCGGACAACGUGACGCAGUACCUGCAGUACAAACAGGAGGAGCUCAUCAACACCAGUGUGUACAACAUUCUCCAUGAGGACGACAGGGAGGAGUUUCACAAGAACCUGCCCAAGACCAACAUAAAUGGAGUGUCGUGGGGAAACGAGGCAGCGCGACAGAAGAGUCACACCUUCACUUGCCGGAUGCUGGUCAAAUUUGGCCAUGGCCACGGCCCCAUGGAGGAGGGGCCAGGAGGGCCACGCUACGAGACCAUGCAGUGUUUUGCUCUUACCCAGCCCAAGGCCAUGAUUGAGGAAGGAGAAGACCUUCAGUCAUGCAUGAUCUGUGUGGCCCGUCGAGUGACAGCCAUGGAGAGAACGGAGAGUUUCAAUACCCGGCACGAGCUCUCAGGUAAACUGAUUCAGAUCGACCAGAACUCUCUACGAGCUUCGAUGCGUCCCGGCUGGGAGGAUUUGUUGAGGCGCUGCAUUCAGAUGUUCCUUCAGCACAGUGAUGGGCAGCCCUGGUCGCACAAACGCCACUACCAUGAGGUGUUUCGGGGUGUUUAAUCUGUCCUUUUAUCUGCCUGUGCAGCCUUUCUGCAGGGUCACGCUGAGACGCCCCUGUACCGCUUCUCCCUAUCUGACGGCACUCCAGUCACAGCGCAGACCAAGAGCAAACUGUACCGUCACCCCAUGAGCAACGAGCCGCAAGGCUUCAUCUCCACUCACCUACUACAGAGGGAACCGAAUGGUUACCGCUCAGCACCAGGUGGGAACAUGAUGCCGAACGCUAUGCGACAGCAGGGCAUGGGAGGCCCCAACCCAAAUGCCCAAAUGAAUGUGAACACCAGUGGGGGGAUGGGGAUGGGGGGCAUGAGUGGCAUGAACAGGGGCUUCGGCAUGAAUGAGCAGGGCCACAUGGGUCACAUGGGUCAGAUGGGAGGCGGCUCCAUGUACGGAGGGAGUGGUGGAGGAGGAAGCGGAGGUGGAGGAAUGGGUAACCGCAUGAUGCAGAUGAAUCAGAUGGGCCAGAUGAACCAAGUAGGACACAUGAAUCAGAUGAAUCAGAUGGGUCCCAUGAAUCACCCAGGUCAAGGCAUGCAGCAGCACCAACAGCAACCUCCAUUCCAGAGCAGCGGUGGAUUUGGGCUCAGUGGCAUGAACAGCCCCUCGGGGAGCCCCAGAAUGGGCGGACCCCAGCAGGGACUCCUGAUGUCACCCCGGAACCGAGGGAGCCCAAAAAUGGGCGCCAACCAGUUCUCGCCUGGAGGAAUUCACUCUCCUCUGAGCGGCAUUGGAAGUGGUGGAGGAAGUGGAGGCAGCUCCACUACCUUCUCCAGCAGCUCCUUAAAUGCAUUACAAGCCAUCAGUGAAGGAGUAGGAAGCUCACUCCCCUCCACCCUAACAUCUCCUUCGCCAGCCCACAAACCAGACAGCUCUCCCAGCAUCCACUCCUCCUCCUCCUCCUCCCAACCCAGUCAGCCAUCCAAACCAGGCCAAGAUGGCUCCAAAAGCCCAGCAGGAGGCUUAGGGCCCGGAUCCAGCGACCAUCACCACCCCAUGCACCAUCACCACCAUCAUCAGCAUCCUCAGGCUGAGAGUUCUGGAGACCGACCAGACAGCCAGGCAACAACAGGGACUAAAGAGUCUGGAGAGGGAAGCAAUGAGGCGGGGGUGGCGAGCUCUGAACCCCCACGGAGGGUGCCAGACAGUAAAGGCCACAAGAAGUUGCUGCAGUUGCUGACUUCCCCCACUGAGGAGCUGGGAAUAGGUGGCAGCGGGCCAACAGGGCCGCCUGUACCACCCCAACAAACCAGCAGCAGCACUCCGGCAGGCGACAGUAAAGAUAGCACUGGCGGCAUGACGAGCCCCUCAUCCACUGGGGUGUCCUCCUCUUCUUCAGCCAGUGCUAAUCCUGGCCAGGCGACCGGGCCAGGGGGCGUGUCGGCAUCGAUAUCAUCAGCCCACUAUACGGGCUCACUGCAAGAAAAGCACAAGAUCCUCCACAAGCUUCUUCAAAACGGCAAUACUCCAGAUGAAGUUGCCAAAAUCACAGCCGAGGCUACAGGAAAGGUGUCACUCGGUGGGCAGGAAGGUGGUGAGGCGGGAGCAGGGGGCUCAGGGGCCGGGUCAGGCCCUGGGGGGAUUAUGGACCCUAAACAGGAACAGCAUAGCCCCAAGAAGGAGAAGACCCAUGCCCUCCUCCACUACCUUCUCAACAAGGAUGAUUCCAAAGAGCCAGUCGAUGUCAAGCCCAAACUAGAAGAGCUGGAGGGGAAGGGACCCCCAGGAGCUGGCGGUGGCGCACCACGGACUGGCCCUGGAUCUGGGCCCGGCCCUGCACCCGAACAUCCAGAGAGCAAAAUCAAGUCAGAACCACCAGAUGAUUUGCACAACCUGGAGUCCAUCCUUGGAGAUCUGAGAGGUUCAAGCUCCGACUUUUAUCCAGAUCAGGCUGGAGGUGGAGGGGCCAAUGACACAGGAAACAAAUCCCAGGGUUGCCUUGACGACAGCCUGCAGGGGAGUCCAGGAAUGGGUCCGGGACCUCGAGGCCCUUUCCAGAGGGCCAUGUCUAUGGAUGGGAAGCCUCCUGGUGGGCCUGGAGGAGCAGGUAGACGCCCCAUGCUUAUCAAGCAGGAGAACAUGAUGGGCAGCCCAGAUGGCUACCCAGGAAACAUGGGACCAAUGAAUAGAGGCAUGGUUCCCCAGAGGUCUCCCAUGGGAGGUUCAGGGGACUGGGGAAUGCCCCGCUCUAGUGCCAGCCCUGUGGGCUCAGCAGGACACCCAUCCAUGAUGCGCUCAGGCAUGGAGUACAACAAUGGCAAGGCCAUGAUGUCAGGAUCCAUGGUCAGCCGCUCCAACAGUGUACCAGGCACCAGAUCAAUGUUGCAGCAGCAGCUCAUGGAUAUGGGAGGCUCGGCUGACAUGGGCAUGGGCAUGAGCCCCUUUGGCCAGCAGGGCCAACCCAACCAAUCCCCUUCCUGGCCAGACACCAUGAUGGGCAUGGAAGGCAACAGACGCCAGUUUGGCAACACCUUGGAUGAUCUUCUAGUUCCUCCCACCACCAGCGAGGGUCAGAGCGAUGAGCGGGCACUAUUAGACCAGUUGGACUCUCUGCUGAAUAAUACAGAUGGCAUCGCUUUGGAGGAGAUUGACCGAGCUCUGGGCAUCCCAGACCUCGUCAGCCAGACGCAGGGAGCAGAGCAGCAGCUGGAGCCUUUUCCUGGGCAGGAUCCAUCCAUGGUGCUGGACCAGAAGCCGCUGUAUGGGCAGGGAUAUCCCGGACCCCCCACCAUGCCUAUGCAGUCCGGCUAUGGAGGGAACCCCAUGCAAGGUCAGGCCCAGCAGGGUGGCUUUGGGCCCAUUCUCUCACAAAUGGGCCAAGGCGGCAGCUUCCCUGGUAUGGGUGGAAUGGGGGGCAUGGGGCAUCCUCGUGCCAACAUGAUGAGACCCAGGAUGAUGAGUGCCAACAAGCCCAUGAGACUUCAGCUGCAACAGAGGCUGCAGGGGCAACAGUUUAUGAAUCAGACGCGACAAGGCAUGGCCAUGAAGAUGGAGAACCCGGGAGGCAACCCUGGCAUGAGGCCCGGCAUGCAGCCCGGCAUGGGAGGACAGCCGGGCUUCAUAAACGCUCAGAUGAUGGCUCAGCGCAGCAGGGAGAUGGUCACCAUGCAGAUGAGGAGGCAGCGCAUGAUGAUGCUGAUGCAGCAGCAACAGCAGCAGCAGGCGGCAGCAGCCGCUGCUGCAGCUGCAGGAGGCUUCAGUCCACCUCCAAACGUCACUGCUCCUGGCGGCAUGGACAACCCCAUGGGAGGGCCAAACAUGGGCCAGCCAGGCCCCCAGCAGUUUGGCUAUGGAGGAAACUAUGGGAUGGGCCAGCAGGGAGAACCCUCUUUUGGCCCAUCAGGUGGCAGCCCUCCUAAUGCCAUGAUGCCUGGUCGCCUGGGGCCACAAAACCCCAUGAUGCAACAGCACCCGCAGGGUGGUCCCAUGUACCAGGGCGCUGAUAUGAAAGGAUGGUCGCAGGGAGGGAUGGGGCGCAACAGCAGUUCAUACCCUCAGCAGCAGUUUGGGCAGCAGGGACCUCCAGGGCAGCAGCAGUUUGUGCAACAGGGGAAUCCAGGGCAGUACGGAGGCAUGAUGAUGAACGGGGGCAUGCCGAGCAGUGGUGGAGGAGGUCACAUGGGCCAGAUGGGGGGGCAGAUGGGUAUGAACCCGAUGGUGAUGGGACGCAUGCCUAUGGGGCCUGAUCAGAAAUACUGCUGAAGGUCGGGACCGAAGCGUUUGUCUCACUGUGAUCUCCAUUCAGAGAUGGUAGAUGACUGCAGCACUGAGGUUUGUGGAGUGGAGCAGGAGGCGUGUAGUGCUGCACUCCCACCAGACGGGGGAGCGAACUUCCCUUUGGACUCACGGCCAGUAAUGUCAGUCUGGCAUCCCGAGGAAAAAAAGACAAGACCGACUGUCACACGAAAACACAGCGUUCCUAAAAACUCAGCAACACUGUGACUUCUUUACACACAUAAAGACAUAAAGAUGGUCAGACAGCACCCCUGUGAUUCCUCUCAUAGACUGUAGUGUGAUAUUCCUCUCUUUAUGAGCGGUGUUGCGUGCCUCAGUAAGUGCACACCGCUCUGCUGGACCAAACGCUGAUGGUGGACAGACACUCGGACAAACGUCGCUAAGACAUCCUCUCCUUUGUCGAAUGUACCAUGAAGCUGUAUUACACUUUUUAAACGCGGGAUUCCUCUCUUGCUCCUGGAACUCCGUGGGUUUUUUUUUCCUCCGCCGUCUCUUCGCUGCUCCUGGAGGAUCUCUGUAAACGCGGUUCUCGAUGACGAGCCAUCAGAUUGUGACACUCACAUGAAUGUCAUUAAAGCAGUAGCACAUUGUUUCGUCCUCCAGGGCGCCGCCGGGCUAAAGUACGACUGAAUUACUUUGUUGGCUGAUUGCACUUUAAGGAAAAGCCAACAUCAAAAGGAUUGUGGCAAUAUAGAGGCCUUUUUACCCAAGAAUCAAAGCAUAGCAGCAGACAUUUUACUGUUUAUUUUUGUGUGCGUGUUCUCCAAAAUUUUUUUUCCUCUCUGAAGAAGAAAAAGAAAAAAAAGAGGGGGGGCUGUUGAUUGGAAAUGUGUAAACUUGAUGAUCUUUGCUCUGAAGCGGGAACCAGUAGAAAGGCAGUAAGCACAGAUUUUAUCCAACGCUCUCAUCGACAGAUUUAUUACAACCGGAGACAUUUUUAAGUCGUUUUAAAAUCACUCUUGAAGCAAACACUAUUCUAUAAGGAUCAAAACUCCACUUAUAUUUCUACAGAUUGGUGAGGUGGUCAUUUUAAUCAUUCAAGAGGUAAUUUUUAACUCAGAUAUUUUGGUUACCUUGCACCAGUUUACAGUGUGAGUGCAGAACUAAAAUCGAUUGCCACUUAUGAAAUUACAUGCAGAUUUGGUCACACUGGAGGAGCAAAGCGUUUCAGUGUCGACAUGCAGAUCUUUAGCAAUAAUCCUUCCUCCUGGUUUUCCUCUGAGGACAAAGCUGAAGCAUCGUUUACCUAAAGCGACGGUACUGCAGUAUUAGACAUGAUGUCUUGUUUUGAGCUCCCCCUUUUUUGUCUGUGAAUAUGAAUUGUAAAUACGCUUCAAAUGUACUAUAUAUAAAUAUAUAUAUGCUUUUUUAGGUCACAUACUGUUUUUGCACAGAUUGUAAGGCUUGAUAUUUAAAAGUGUAAUUUUCUUAUUCCGUCAUAGGUCAGCUUUUAUUUUCAGUACUUUAACCAUUGAUUGGAAAGGAAGGGCCUCUUUUUUUUUUUGUUGUCGUUGUUGUAAGCAGUACAUGUAGAUUUUCUUCACACUGCCACUUUUCCUUAUCUCAAAAAGCACUUUUUUUUUUUUUUUUUAAUUUGUGCUCCUCAAAUCAUAAACUUCUCUUUAUUUUUCCCGAGGACAUAGUCUUAGCUACAGAGGUGCUAGUGGGUAAUUUUUUUUUUCUUUUUUAAUAAAUUAUUUUUCUUUUGACAAAAAUUAAAAAAAAAAACAAAAAAAAAACACAAAAUAUGCCUAUACAAAAAGAGUUGACACAUGAUUGUGUUAGGCUUCUAAGGGCCCAGAUGUCUUACCAGUAUGUGGGGUUGAUAUUUUCUGAGCCUCAUGCUUCCAUUUUACGACUCACUCCUGAGGGUUUCUGUGCUUUGAGUUUUGCUUAUUUGGUCGUUUCAGCCUCAGACGCGAGACUUGCGGAAAUCAGUCCCUUUGUGUAACUGUCCAUGUUUGGUUUGUUAGCAAUUGUUUAAUCCUGAUGGAAGCAACGCAAGAAGGAGUUUAAAUCCUCUAAUUAUCUGUCAGUCUUGACAGGUGGUGUUUUGUUUUGGGGUUUUUUUUUUUUCCAGAGUUUUCCUUCGUUUCUGUUGUAUUUCCUGUGAAACUUUCGUGAAGAACUCUACCUUUGAACACAUGCUCAAUCCAAAGAUUUUUGUUUGUCAUUCUGCAGUGCGUAGAAACAGUUCCUGACGUAGAUCGUGCAAGUACUCAUGUGUGCUUUUACUGUUGCACAUAACCUAUAAUAUACAUCGAGCUAAGUAUGUUUAAUUGCAUAUAUUAUACCCCAUCCGUAUGAAAUAGAGUAGAGAUGAGUCUGGUUCUGCUGAGGUGCUUUGAGUUUUUUGUUUGUGAUUGUUUCUUCCUUUCUGUAGACCUUAUGGCCAGUCGAAUUGUGGUGCUGCAAACCUUUAUUUCACAGGAGAAUGAUUUUAAGCUGGAAAGGGAGGUUUCAUUCAUGAUUGAUGUCAUUUAUGUCUCAGAAAUAAUUGCCUGGAGUUGUUUUCUUUCAAAAACUACAGUCUCAAUGAUGAAUACGAAAGACUAAUCUGCAAAUGUUCAAAAAAGAAAAAAAACAGUCUGUUUUGCUUUAAAGGAAAGAAACUCAUCUCAGUGCAUCGCUGGAGCUAAAGAAAAGAGAAAAACACAUCUGGGAAACAUACAGUCAUUGUUACAGGAUGUAUAAUACUGUUGCAUUUUUUUCUUACCUUGUUUCUUGAUGUUAAUAUUGAUGUAAAUACAAAUUUAUAUUUAAACAUUA